UGUUCAUAACAUAUUGAAAAGUUUUGAAGCAUAAGAAAUUGUUUUGUUUAGAAGCAGGAAGCAUUCAAAUUGUAUACAAUGGCCAACAUCGAAACCCAACAGAGCCUGAGUUCUCUGCUGUGCACUGACGAAAGAGAUUUCUUGAUCAGAAACAAUGGAGACCAGGUGCCAGUAUCUGAGCUGACAGGCAAGAUGGUUGGUUUAUAUUUUUCUGCUCAUUGGUGCCCACCAUGCCGAGCAUUCACCCCAAAGCUUAUACAAGUAUACAAUGAGCUCAAGCAAAAUGGGGAAUCCCUUGAGAUUGUUUUCCUCUCUAGUGACAGAAACCAACAAGGUUUUGAAGAAUACUAUGCAAGCAUGCCAUGGUUAGCUCUUCCAUUUGGAGACAAAGUCAAGAAGGAUCUAAGCCAGUACUUCCAAAUCAGAGGAAUUCCAUCAUUGAUCAUGAUUGGCCCUGAUGGCAAAACUGUGAGAAAAGAUGGCGCAACCAUCGUUCGUGUCCAUGGGGCCAAGGCUUAUCCCUUUACUGAUGCUUGCGUUGCAGUGCUGAACAAAGAAUUGGAAGCAGCAGUGGAGAAAUAUCCAAAACAAACAAAGCAUGAGCUGCACGAACAUUCUCUGGAAUUGACUCGGAGGAAGCAAUACAUGUGUAAUGGGUGUGAGGAUGCUGGGUGUAGUUGGUCUUACUACUGCCAAGGAUGUGAUUUUGAUCUUCAUCCAGAUUGUGCUUUGAAGGAUAAGCACUCUGAUGGAAAUGAGAACAAGGCAGGAGAAGUCAUAUGUGAAGGAGAUGCUUUUCGAAGGGUUUAAGCAGGCAUGAAAGUAAGGUUUUCAGAGGGUUUUCUUAAAUAGGCUUCUCAAUAAAGUAUAUGGAAGAUUAUAUACCUGCACUUUGGACAUAAUAUCUUUUUUCCUCUGUUGUAGCGCACAAUAUCUUAUGACCGGACGCUUAUUUGAUCUCUCCCUCUCUCUGGUUGCAUAUGCAAGCUUUUUAUGAGCUAAAACUUGUUUAGCAUUUUUAUGAUCUCAACAUAUCAUAUGGAA